CUGAGUAAGGAGGUAUUAAUGCUGCUGAUGCCUAUCCAGUACCCACAGAAGGAGAACUGUGGAAAGGAGACAUCAGAGGGAUCUGUGUGAAACAUGGGUGUGGCCGGUGGAAGACUGUGGUACAGAUGGAUGGAUGACCAUAUGAUAUUGUUUGCUAUCAUUAGUUGGGGGCUCUGGUCUUCUGUGGGUGCCUGGACCUACCACUACGGGGAUCAAUCAGAGCUGAAUUGGGAAGAUGCCAGGCGAUAUUGCCAGACCUUUUAUACUGACCUGGUAGCGAUCCAAAACAAAGAAGAAAUUGACCAUCUUAAUCGUUUCCUACCCUUCUAUCCGUCAUACUAUUGGAUUGGGAUCCGGAAAAUUAACAACACUUGGACCUGGGUGGGAACCCAGAAGCCCCUGACAAAAGACGCCGAGAACUGGGCUUUGCGGGAGCCUAACAACAGACGGUUCAACCAGGACUGCGUUGAGAUUUACAUUAAGAGGAAUCGGGAAGCUGGAAAGUGGAAUGAUGAACGUUGUGAUAAGCUGAAAAAGGCACUGUGCUACAAAGCUUCUUGCCAUCCCUUCUCUUGCAAUGAGCGCAGCGAGUGUGUGGAGACCAUUGGGAACUACACCUGCCAAUGUUAUCCUGGCUUCUUUGGGCCUGAGUGUGAACACGUUGUAAAAUGCAGAGAGCUUGAUGCUGUCCACAGACCUCUGCUCAUGAACUGCAGUCAUCCUCUGGAGGAAUUCAGCUACAGAUCCAGCUGUGGCUUCAGUUGCAGUGAAGGGUUUGAAAUGAGUGGCCCAGCUACCUCGCAGUGCUUGGCUUCUGGGAGCUGGACAGCAGAGCCUCCGCGGUGUGUAGCUGUCCAGUGCCAGCCAUUAAAUAUCCCUGCUCAUGGAGACCUCAGUUGCUCUCACAUCCAUGGGGAAUUUCAGUACCAGUCAAAUUGCAACUUUAAAUGCACAGAGGGCUUCCUGGUAAGCGGAGCAGAGACCACUGUGUGUGACGCAUCUGGAAAAUGGAGUUCCCUCGAACCAACAUGUCAAGUCAUGAAAUGUCCCAAAAUUGAGUCGCCCACAAGAGGAACAAUGGAUUGUGUAAACCCAAUCGGUAACUUUGCUUACAACUCCACAUGUGAUUUUGCUUGUGAAGCGGGCUUUCAGCUCAAUAGCUCCAAGAUUUUGCACUGCAGUGCAACUGGCCAGUGGACCUCCCAUGUUCCUGUUUGUCACGCUGUUCAGUGCCGGGCCCUGGGGGCUCCUGAUUAUGGAAACAGCACCUGCUUACACCUGCAUGGGGAAUUUCAGUACCAAUCGAGCUGCACCUUCUACUGCACCGAGGGUUUUCUGUUACUUGGAGAGGAGGUGACUCAGUGUACAGCCUCAGGAGAAUGGACAGCCCCAAUACCAAUUUGCCAAGUUACUGAUUGCCCAAAGCUGACUGCCCCUGAGAAUGGAGAACUAAACUGCCUUCAUCCGCACGGAGACUUCGCAUAUAGCUCCAGCUGUGUUUUCUCCUGCAAUACGGGGUUUGUGCGGGUUGGAACAGAGCAGCUCCAGUGCACAGCCCAGGGAAGGUGGACGGAGGAACCACCCAUUUGUAAAGCCAUGCAGUGUCCCAAUCUGCAGAGCCCCAUGAAAGGGAAGAUGGAUUGUUCUCAUCCAAUCGGAGAGUUUGCUUACCAGUCCACCUGUGCGUUUGCCUGUGAGCCUGGUUUUGCCUUGGCUGGAGCAAAGGCCACCCACUGCUUGGCAAUUGGGAACUGGAGUACUCCAUUGCCAACAUGUCAGGUUAUUGAAUGCCCAAAGCUGGCUGCUCCUGAGAAUGGAGAACUAAACUGUUCUCACCCGCACGGAGACUUUGCAUAUAGCUCCAGCUGUGCCUUUUCCUGCAAUGCCGGGUUUGUGCAAGUUGGGACAGAGCCGCUCCACUGCACGGCCCUGGGAAGCUGGACGGAGGAACCACCCUUUUGUGAAGCUAUCAAGUGCCUGGCUCUGCAUAAGCCAAACCAUGGCCAUUUAAACUGCCUCCACCCUCGUGGGAACUUUGCAUAUGGCUCCAGCUGCAACUUUUCCUGCAAUGCUGGUUUUCAGCUCGUUGGAUCUGAGAUGCUUUACUGCAUGGCUCUAGGAGACUGGACUGAACAAGUGCCACAUUGUAAAGCUGUCCAAUGCCCAGUUCUGGAAAUUCCAGCCAAUGGCAAUAGAAACUGCACUCAUCCGUAUGGACGCUUUGCAUAUUACUCGAAUUGCAUCUUCUCCUGCAACUCUGGUUUUGAGUUAGUUGGAUCAGAGAAGCUCAAGUGCACGGAUCAGGGAAACUGGACAGGGGAUAAGCCCAUCUGCGAAGCUACCAAGUGCCCAGUGCUGCAUGCUCCAAUGAAUGGACAGUUAAGUUGCUCCCAUCCUUAUGGAAACUUCACAUACAACUCCAGCUGUGACUUCUCCUGUGACAUGGGAUUUGUAAGAGCGGGAUCUGAAAUGCUUAAUUGUAUGGCCUUGGGAAAAUGGACACGAUCUGUGCCAGUCUGUGAAGCCAUAAAGUGUCCCCAGUUAAGGAAUAUGGAUAACAUGGGGAUAAACUGCUCCAAUCCCUGGGGCUCCUUCAGCUACAGGUCAUCAUGCCACUUCCACUGCGCUGAGGGCUACCUUCUCAAUGGAACCAGCAGGAUGCAAUGCCAACCGGAUGGACACUGGUCUGCAGAGAUGCCUCUUUGUCAAGAAAAUAGCGCCUCUCGUCUCACGCAAGUUCUGCUUUAUACGGGUGGAGUUACAGCAUCGGUUGUUGCCCUUGUGGUCUCUGGGGUUCUGAUAGCUCUGGCAAUCAGGCGGUUCAGCAAAAGAGAGGGAAGAAGGAAGCUCCUGAGCCAUACCAGUGAUUUGGGGGCACCCGGCGUAUUCACCAAUGCAGCAUUUGAUUCCUAAGAACCCCACAACAUCACAGCUGCAAGGUGGCAAUGGUAAAUCCUGAUGGCAGCAGGGAGAGCAGGCUAUCCAGCCGAGCAAGCAGCAGCGCCCACCCCUGCGCGUCCCAUGAUCUGCCCCCAAGAACGCCCUCUACCUCAGCCCGAAGCGAGGUCACCACCGACAGAUGGAGGAAAGAAGGGGGUGACCUUGCAGCAAAGGAAAAAGCUGCAGUAUAUCAACAACUUUUAAAGAGUGCAGCUUCGGGGGAAAAGCCCACAUAAAUAGAGAUGUGAAGGCCCAGGGGAAAAAACUGGAAAAAUUCAGGGGGGAAAAUCCUCUGCCGUUUAUUUCUGAAGCCUUUUUUUGUUUUGUUUUCAAAAAAAUUGAAAGAAAUGAAGAAAAAAUGGAUUGUGGGAUGUUUUAUUUUAGCAUGAAGAAUAAAAUGUUUAAGAUAAGGUGUUCAUAUAUUUACUUCUCCAAAUGAUUUCUAAAAACUAUGUACAGUUUCAGAUUAUUACAAUUUCAGUGCAACGAGGACAAGCAAUUCCUAGGUUGCAAACUGAGACUACAAAUCUCAAAUGCAAGAGCAAGAUGCAUUUCUGCCUCUAGGGGGCAGCACUGCCCCUGAAGCAGAGACUGAAACUGAUAGUGAUAGCUCAGGAAAUGAGUCUGAUUAAAUUGCAUGCAUAUUCAUUGAAUCUUGGUGUCCCCCCCCUUCUUUUUUUCUCAGUUCUUUUUAUGGGAAUGGGUGUUUCAUGUCUGCCUGACACAGUGGAGGACUAGUGGAGACAUAAUUUUCUUUGUUACUAAUGUUGUUUUCUUCUGUUUUGUUUGGUUUUAUUACUUUUUUUUUUUGCCUGCUCCUCAUAAAUUGGAAAAACCAAAGAUAUCCCUUACAGUUCAGGUGUUCCUUACAGUUCAGGGGCUUGUAGCUCCAUUUGUUACCAAAAAAAAGUAGAAAUUCAAAAAAGUAAAUUCAAUUUGUAAUAAUUGCUUGAAUACACUGUACUUUUAAUAUACCAAAUGUGAUAAUUCUACGCCAAA